UGAUGACGUAAAGGUUACGCGCGGUUACGUAGUGACGUGCUGCGUGUGCUGAAGAAGGAGAAAAUGGCGGGACGCGGGAAAAGGAAAGCCAAAACUACCCCACAGGUGGGGCAGGUGAAUGGGCAGGUGAAGCGAAAGCGAGGUGAGGAGGUGGAGUCGGGGGCGGAGACAGGGUCGGGUGUUCCGCUGCAGGUGAGGGAGGAGGUGGAGAGGCUGUAUAAACUCCGUAUGCCAGAGGAUUUCUACCAGUUCUGGAAUUUCUGCAAACAGAUCAGCCCUGACGAUCCAGCAGAUGCUCUGCAGGAAGCUCUAGGUCUGCGAUUGGUGGGUCCGUUUGAUAUCCUGGCUGAGAAGCACCGGCACUGUGGCUCGGCCCAGCCCAACUUCCACCUGCACUGGCGAUUCUUCUACGACCCCCCGGAGCUUCAGACAGUCCUGCGGGGAGAUGCUGAAACUCAGCACCACAUGGGCUACUACAGAGACUGCCCUGAUGCUGUGCCAGUGUUUGUCGGAGAGAAUGAAGGGAAGAAGGGCUGCAAAAUCACCCAGCUGGGGGACAAUCUCUUCUCCGCUGUGCUUUUGUUUCUGGCCCGUAAGAAGCGAGAGCGUGGAGUGUGGAAGGACGAAGCAGCUCUGGAGCAAUUGGAGGUGAAACUCAAGAAGGAAGCGGAGCGUCUGGGGCUGCCGCUGGAGCAAAAAACCAAAGCCAUGAAAGCAAGAGACAGGAAGGUCGUCACUAAAACCUUCCACGGAGCGGGGAUCGUGGUACCGGUAGACAAAAAUGACGUGGGAUACCGAGAACUGCCCCAUAGUGAUGCUGAUCUGAAGAAGAUCUGCAGGGAUAUCGCAGAAGCUGUGGAUGAUAAAGCCAGGAUGACGGCCUUUGCUCCUAUUCAGGAGAUGAUGACGUUUGUGCAGUUCGCUAACGAUGAGUGCGAUUACGGAAUGGGCUACGAAGCCGGCAUCGACCUCUUCUGCUUCGGAUCACAUUACUUCCAUAAGAUCAUUGGUCAGUUGCUGCCGAUGGCCUACGACCUGCUAAAGCGGAGUGUGUUCGGAGAAAUAAUUAAAGCUCACCUCGCCAACCGUUCCCAUGGCAACCUGGAUCAGCUGACCGGCGCCUAAGAGGCUGUGCCUCACGGCGACUUCCUGGUCGUGGGCGGAGCUUCAUGUGAUGGACGUUGCCGGGGGAAGUGUGUGCUGAGCUCAGAUUACAGUCGAAGAAGCUAAUGCAGAACAGAGGGGCUUUAAUGGACAUUACUGUGGAUACCGACAAACACUCACGCGCAUGCAGAGUAUACACACACACAGACACACACACACACACACACACCAAAGCAGCCAAAGAACCUCCUCGUGCUGACUCAGCAGAGUCUAGAACCAUAAUGGUCUUUAGAGUUCCGCAGAGCUCACAGCAGACUGGACGUGUUGGCUUCUUAACGUGAUCCAGAUCAGAAAAAGAGAGUGAUAUUUGGACAUAAUCCAAGUAAAUAAUUGGACAUAUUAAUCCUGAUUUGACACUUCAAAUAUUAAUCCAGAUUUUGUCUCUGUGUUUAUUUAUUUAUUUAGUUCUGGUAUAUGGUAUGAAUCCAAAUCCAGACUGUUUUUCUCAAACCUGUUUAACUAGAUCAGAAUAGUAAUUCCAGUCCACACUCCAUCCAGGUACUCUUCUAGAUUUGAUGCCUGCUCAUCUAAUUCUAUUCUAAUCCUGAUUUAUACUAUGGUGCAAAGCUGCGGUUAUCUGGACCCGUAUUCAUCAGCUUGAUCUAGAACCUCAUUUGGGUCUGUCUCCUUCCGUCUGAAGCUCUGUGUGCUGCUGUAGAUCGGUUCUAAACUCUGGACCAGUUCAGUCCUCCUCCACCAAGGAUGUUUUUGUUCAUGGAGAACUGGACUUAAUGGUUUCAGGUGGUUCUGUUACGUUAUCGACUCUGUGGUACGUGUUCAUAAGGUUGUUCAGAAGUAGAGAAUUAAUAAAGUGUAUAUUUUUAUUUGA